GCGGGCGCAACAGGCGGCGGGGGCGGCGCGCGUCCACCGGGCGCGAUGGACAAGCUGAAGAAGGUGCUGAGCGGCCAGGACUGCGAGGACCGGGGCGGCCUGGCCGAGGUCGUUGAGGCGUCUUCACUGAGCUGGGGCACCAGAAUAAAGGGCUUCAUUGCGUGUUUUGCUGCAGGAAUUGUCUGCUCACUGUUGGGGACUCUCCUGCUCUGGGUGCCCAGGAAGGGCCUGUACCUCUUCGCAGUGUUUUAUACCUUUGGUAACAUCGCAUCGAUUGGGAGCACUGUCUUCCUCAUGGGCCCGAUGAAGCAGCUGAAGAGGAUGUUUGAGCCGACGCGCUUGAUCGCGACGAUCAUGGUGCUGUUGUGUUUUGCCCUUACCCUGUGUUCUGCCUUUUGGUGGCAUAACAAGGGACUCGCGCUCAUCUUCUGCAUUUUGCAGUCCUUGGCCCUGACGUGGUACAGCCUUUCCUACAUACCCUAUGCCAGGGAUGCUGUGAAGAAGUGUUUUGCAGCCUGUCUGGCAUAGCACACGUCCCGCUGUGCCAGGCCCUGGGAGGCGCCAUGGACGGGAGCCGGUGGACAGUUUUGUAAACACCUCCUGAACCUCUGUCUUACAGACAUGUGCCUUUUCUCCUGCAGCAGUGUGUUGCUUGUGAUCUGAACGUUUGAAGGUUGCUUUUGGAGACAGUGUUGUCUUCCAGACCCAAACGUCUGGAGCCUGGUGUGAGAGGUGGGGUCUGUAGCUUGUGGGGUGGACUUCCUUUUGCACCUGUUCCCUUGUUAGAUGCUGUUCCACCGAAAUCUCCUAAUAAAAGCCUCGUGAAGCAGCUGCAGGUCGGCUCCGGAGCCAGGGCUCUCCAGGGGACGGCGGGCAGCCCCGUCGGAGCUGGCAGGGGUGCGGCCGGAAGGCACAGAGCUUUGAGGUCGACGGGGACUUUGUGGACUUGUCCUCAGUAUGCAGACCCUCCCCGCCUCACCCAGCGUACAUGCGUUUCUGCUCUGGGGUCUGCCCCCCGACAGCUGCACACAAGCCCAUGGAGAGCCUGGCCGCGGAGUAACGUGGAAAGAAGCACUUUUGGGGGCAUGUGUGUUGGUUUUAAAUCUGAAUGUUGGCUUUGUUCUGAUUCCACACCUGACGAUGGAGCGUGUCUUCUGACAUUCAGUGCACACUCUUCUCUUGGGGUUUUCUUUCUUUCUCCCUGCCCACGUAGCUUUUCUCCUGACCAGGAACUAGACCGGGGACAGAGCACUGACGGAACAGACGCUGUUGGCUUUUGCACAAGGGCUGAUGGGAGGUGAGAGAUCGUGCUGCUUUCUGCUCUGGUUUUCUUUUCAUGAUUUACAUGCGCUGCUUUUAAACUGAUUCUGUUUUCCAUCUCCCCUGGAAUGGGGCCAGGAAAGAGGGGAUGGGAAGGCAAAGGCCCCCCACCAUGGGGCCCGCGGGAAGGAGGUGUGCCUGCCCGUGACCUUUCAUCAGGGCCUGUUUUUGUGCUGGAGUCGGGGCCGUAGACCCUGGGGCAGGAUGCCAUGGAUGUCCGGGGCUUGCCUCGCAGCCCCCCUGCACCGCACACACCUGCUUUGUGCCCAGAACCCUGUCCGGUCCUCAUGAGAGCCGGUGACGGUUAUCUCACUGGCAGUCGAGGAAAUCGGGUCUGGGAGGUUAGCGGGUUCCCCCGAAGCCAUGGCUGGUGGCAGACCUGGGUCCAGAGCCUGGGUGCUCCAGCUUCAGUUGCCCGUGUUUCCCGGGGUGGCUCUGGAGGCGUCCCCUCUAACGGUUCUGCCUGUUGCCAUCAGCCAAGCCUGUGCCUUUCCUGCUCCCAGCAUCUACAUCACUGCCCUAUCUCCUGCUGGGUUUCCCCUUUGGGAAGCUCUUCUGGGUUCCGUAGGCUCUCCACUGUUCGUUAGUGUGCCCUUCCAGCUCUUUCUCGCUGCCUGACCAGCGUAAGUGCCCUAGCCUGAUUGCCAGAGCCCCUGGCAGUGCAGGGCCACUGCAGCACGCCCUCUCUGGGGUUGCCUUUCUGUUCUUUACCCAGGUCUAGCUGUCCCCUCGGGGUCUUGCUCUGGCCAGCCUUUUCCUCUGAGCUGGGGAGCUGUAAGCAGGUCUGACCGGACCAGAGCGAGGAGGCGGUCUCGCCGGGUCCUCUUGGGGCUGUGGAGGGCGCCCGGGCUUAUCCUGAGGCUCCUAACCUGCCUUCAGCCAGGAGGGGAAAAUAGUGCCGCUGUCUGGCUUUUGUGGCAUUCUUUCACCCCUGAGGUGCCCUAGGAGAUAACUCAGAUCUUGGAAGUGCUCUAGGAAGUGGCCCGAAAGAGGGCAGGAGUGUCCUUCGUUCCCUCCCUUGAGAGCGGAUGUGAGGCCAGCCUGUGUCUACGAGCUCCGGCAGUAACUGGAAGGCUGAUGCCUCUGGCCCUUUGCAGUGUUUGGACUUGACUUUAUGGGACAUGAGGUCGAGGUGCCUUUUGAGACUCCAGCGGGGCUGUGUGGCGCAGCGGUAGUGGCAGUGGGCUCUGACGGCACCCGGGCCUGGGUGUGCGUUGUGUCCCGUCACAGACUGCCGUCCGGUUGAACAGGUUACUUGAGCUCUGGCUCGCCCGUUAACCCCAGAGAAAACAGUUCUUUCUGCACCAUUGUACGUCAGCUGUGCCAGGUGCUGAGCCCAGUGUACGUAGAUGACAUCCCAGUAACAGGAAGGCAUUACUGCCUCAUCCCCGAAGCAGCCGAUGACUUGAAGGUGACAAGUGAAUGUCUCUGACCGUUAACUUACUAGAAGCUCUGCGUCCAGCUGUCCAUGUCCAGCACACCAGACUGCCAUGCGUGGUCUCAUUUGCCAUCGGCAGUGACUCGCUGGCUGCUGGUCCUGUUUGCUCCGGGUCCCUCCAGAUCCUGCCGGUAGAGGGCGGUGGUUCUCGCGUUAAAGCGGUUGCUCGGCCCUAACGUGGGCGUCGGCCAGUUUGCUCUGGCGGCUCCGGGCAGGUCACUUUGGGAUGAUCCUGCCCUUUAGGCUCUCCCAGACUCCAGCAUUUCCCCUCUGCCACCUCGACCUUUGGUUCCCCUCCUUGUUUUCGCCUGCUGCACGGUGGGAGGAAGAAAUCCCCGUGAAGUCUCUGAAAGCUGUUACCAGGCACCGUCGUGGGCGACCGAGUCGGGGGUCAGGGUUCAGACCCUGCGGCUGUCUUGCUGGCAGUGGUCUUGGUUUCCUGCAAACUCCCCUCACCACAGCUGGGGGAAGGAGAGGCUGUUGCAUCUCUGGAAUGAAAGGAAUCGACUCCUGCCCUUGUGCCCCCCGGGGGUGAGGCGGUGCCUCCAUGCGUGUGAGCUGCGCCCCCCACCUUCUUCCCUCUGUGCUGCUGUGCUGGGCACUGCGCUGCUCCCCAGGCCCAGACAGCUGGCUUUGGCCCUCAGAGCCUGCCGCGUGAUUCCCCGCCACCCAGCUCAGUCCCUAGGGGGGUCCCCUUCUGCCCACUGGGCUCACGGGCGGCUCUGGCUCCCAGAUCCUGUGUGCGGCUGUGCCACUGGCCUCUGCUGCCCAGGCCCAGCUGCGGGUCCCCGGGAAAGGGGGGACACCAUCCGGCAUGCAGCAUUUCCACUGGGUCGAUGAUCUCGGUGCUCCCUCAUUCUUCUAUGGGGACUUUGGGGGGCUGUCCCCCGCCUGCCACCUCCCUCGCACCCUGAACGGUGUGCUCAGGGAGAGGAGACAAAGUCGUGAGGUGCAUCUCCGUAGAUGGCUUUUGGACACCUGCAUUGGAAAAGAGGAUUAAGAAGUGGGGCACACCUUGAAAGAAGGGUGUGGGGGAUACUGGUGUGGGUGCUUCUGCUUUUGACAGCUCCAGCGGCGUGACAAGUGUGGUCUUGUGGUCCUCGGGGGUGAGUCAGGAAACUCAGCCCGUGGCUGCGCAUCCUUGUCUGUGGGGCAGCCCGCGCCGGCCGCCUUACCUGCUCCUCCCUCAGACGUCUGGCCGCACUCAGCUGCAGGGUCACAGACUAGUGAAAAAUUCACAACCCAUCCUUGACCCUCCUUUUUAGCAAAUAAAUGAAAAAAUCCAUGUUUGCUCAGUUUUUGGCGUAGUUUUUUCUAUUUUAAAAGUUAAGAUUUGGGGGGAUGUUCUAAGGGGUGUUAUAGGUUUUCUGCAGAUAGCAGUUUUUAAAAAGCCAGUAGACCUACAACCGAAGUUAAAUGCAGGUUCACAUCUGAAACUCUCGGUAAGAUACUAACAAAAGAAUUUUGAUUCAGAGUUUUUGAUUUUUUUGGAAAUUCUUAUUUAAAAAGUUAGCGGGGAGGUUAAAUCAUGGGACUUUAAAGUAGCUCGUAGUUCAUAGUUUAUGCAUUUUGUGAAGUUACGAGGUCUUGAGCGUUUCCGUCCAGUGAAGAGACGGAACUGUCGUGUGGUGUGUUUCGUCCGCCAGGACAGGCUGCCUGCCUGCUCUUUGGGCUGUUUCAGUUCUGCCCCAAAGGCAAGGGCGCCACUGCCCAGUCCCUGGUACACCUAAGCCCCGUGGUGGGUGGCUCGGGUUUCUGUAGCGCAGAGGCCCUGAAGCCUGGGCAGAGAGCGGCGGCGGGGCAGCCCGGCCCGUGCCCAUGUACACUGACCACGGGAGACUCCUUCUUCCUGGCAGGAGCCCGCAGGCUGGUGACGGGCUUAGAAAUGCACAGAACUUUGUCUCUGGACGGGACGGGCUGAGAGCAGGGAAGACUGAGCUUCUUAGGCAGUGCGUGUCCUCUCGGGGACCAGACGUGCUGUGUGAGACUGAGAAGUCCGCUCACGGCAUCGUCAUCCACAGGCGAUGCUCAGGUCCAUGUGUGCAAUAAGGUAGUGUCACCGCAUGUAGACAGUGCGGAGAACCCCAUACGCCACAGACAGACUUUCCCUGAUACCACAGGGCUGGCUGGACUCAAGUCCUCGCGGGGCCCCUUCAGACCAAACGGAGGCCGGAGUCCGGGCAGAGCUCUCCGGCCCCUGUCAUGCGUCUGCUGAGCCUGGUCGCGAGUACCGGCGGUUGUCGCGUUUGUGGGGUGCGCGGGGAAACGCGAUCUGUGUCCAGCUUUGCGGCCUUCCUGCUCUGAAGUGUGCGUCUUGCCUUUUUCAGUACUUUCGCUUGACGUAGCCGCUGUGAACAAAGAAGGAAAGAUUUCACAUCCUCUCAGCUUUGUUCCUUUGCCACUUUUGUAAAUUCUGGUUGUGAAGUUGGGGGUAAAGAUGUUCAAAACCCCGUGGGGAAUUUACAUGCCUUCAGAACAUUGUGCCUGUUCUAAUACGAGGAGCUUUUAAGACGCUUUGUUAAAACAUGAAUCCAUUUUUGUAAUCAUAUAGUAAUACUUAACUAAUUUUCAAUUCUGGUGAUUGCAUAACUGAAUUUUUUAUAUCCAAAAACAUAUUCUUGUGUGCUACUUUUCCUACCUUGAGAUUCUAUUUCGUACAACAAAUGUUUUCUUUUCACUGAUGUAUUUCAAAGAGAAGGAACUUUGCUCAUAUUAGAGCUGUUCCCCCCCCCAAGACAUCAUAAAACUGUUCUUAAUUUUUCUUGUUUUGCAUUUUGUUUCCUUUUCUAAUAAAUGAUAGGAUUAUGAUCUUUAAUAAAUCUGGUAUCGUGUCUUGUUUAUGUCUGUUUCCCCAGGAGUCACUAAACCAAAUGAAGAUUGGCUACAAGAAAAGAACACGUCCUUGCUUUGUAUGCGUAGUAUGUAGCAUUGCAAGCACUUGAGGUGGUUUUUGAGCUAAAUUGUUAAGUAAUCCUCUCUUUCCAAGGGCAUGGGAGUAAUAGAAUCUAAGUCUUGAAGAUUUUUGAAGGUAAAAAGUGGCAAAUGUUUUUAUUUUGGAGAAUUCCUGCACACCUGCCUGGCUUAGUCACUGCAUAAACUGGGUCGUCAGUGUGAAGUUCGUACUAUUUCCAUAUUCUUUUAAUGUUCCAAGAUUUAGA